CAUGAGUAACCACAGUUAAAAAGUCAGUCAAAAGCAUUACACACCAUUCUAACUUUACAUCAAAGAUUAAAAAAAAUCACAAAUCCAAACAAAAGAAUAAAUAUUAAAAAAAAUAAACCUGUGCAGAACAAAGGAAGCCAGGCAAGCAGGUCUCUCCACCCCACCUCUGGACGUACGGUUUGCAGUUGUUUUACCCGACGAUACUGUCAACAAGGGCACCCCGAAAUGAAGAAAAAAGGAAAACAAGCAAAAGCAACAGCUGAGGUGUCUGAUGUUACAGUGGAUGUCAAGGCAGCUACUAAACCUAGUCAAAAGCGAGGUAGAUCUGGCAGCAGCGACAAUGUUGUUGCUUCUAGGAAAAUGCCAAAAAGAGCUGCCUCGUGUACUAAUUUCAAGAGCAAGCCAGUUCGUCUGUCAGAUAAGUCUGACACAAUUGAAAACAAAAAGGUCCAAGUGGUGGAAGAAGAAAUAGCAGCUUUAAGUUUGAUACCUGGCCCAGAUGACCCACGACCCAAUAGAAGAUUAUCAGAUUUUAUCUUUCAUGAUGCAAAUGGGAAUCCACAACCCUUUGAAAUGCUAGAAGUGGAUGAUAUAUUCAUCUCAGGCCUGAUAUUGCCACUGGAAAAAACAUCCGAGAAAGAAAAGGAAAAGGGAGUUCGAUGUGAAGGGUUUGGGCGAAUAGAAGACUGGUCAAUAUCUGGUUAUGAAGACGGCUCUCCGGUCAUUUGGGUCUCCACAGAACUUGCUGAUUAUGACUGUGUUAAGCCUGCAGCAACCUACAAGAAACUAUUCGGUCUUUUUUAUGAAAAAGCCCAUGCAUGUGUUGAAGUCUACAAACGGUUGUCUAAAUCAUCUGGGGGAAACCCAGAUUUAAGCCUGGAUGAGUUACUUGCUGCACUUGUUCGUUCAAUGAGUGGAAGUAAGAAUUUUCCCCAUGGUGCGUCUAUACGGGAUUUGAUCAUUUCAUGGGGUGGGUUCAUUUAUGAGCAACUUGUCGGGCUGGAUGAUGCACCCAACAACAUUGAUAAACCCUUUGUUGAAUUAGACGUGCUUGCUGCACUGAGAGAUGAAAGCAAGAAAAGCGAGGACCGAGUAAAUGUUCCAUAUGAAGGAUCCAUGAAUGCACCUUUGAAAAUUGGAGAUGGAAAUAAAGUCAAACAAUCAAAUGGAUCCGUGGCUGUUGCUGAUGAAGAUGAAGACAUGAAGUUGGCUCGAGUUUUACAAGAACAUGAAAAUUGGCAAUCAAUGAGACAGAAGAAAAGGCAAAGACAUGCUCCUUCAUCAAGCAAGCUAUACAUUCAGAUAAAUGAAGAUGAAAUAGCAAAUGACUAUCCACUCCCUGCAUAUUAUAAAACUACAACUGAGGAAACAGAUGAGUACAUAAUCUUUGAUGACUUCAAUGAGGUUGGCUAUGAUCAGCUUCCAAGAAGCAUGCUUCACAAUUGGUCACUCUAUAAUUGUGACUCAAGGUUGAUUUCACUUGAGCUUCUACCUAUGAAGCCAUGUGUUGACAUUGAUGUUACAGUGUUUGGGUCAGGGAUAAUGACUGCUGAUGAUGGAAGUGGAUUUUGCUUAGACAAUGAAACUGGUAGCGGUUCAGGCUCUUCUGGUGCUCACAAUGAAGAUGGUAUCCCUAUUUAUCUCAGCGCUAUAAAGGAAUGGAUGAUUGAAUUUGGAUCAUCAAUGGUUUUCAUUUCAAUUCGAACAGAUAUGGCCUGGUAUAGACUUGGAAGGCCGUCAAAGCAAUAUGCCCCGUGGUAUAAUACAGUUCUAAAGACAGCCAGACUUGCUAUUGCCAUUAUCACUUUGCUAAAGGAGCAAACCCGUGCAUCAAAGUUAUCAUUUGUUGAAGUCAUUAAGAGAGUGUCAGAUUUUGACAAGAGUAACCCUGCUCACAUAUCUUCAAACCCUGUAAUUGUAGAGAGGUAUGUGGUGGUUCAUGGACAAAUUAUUUUGCAACAAUUUGCAGAGUUUCCUGAUGAUACAAUCAGGAGGUGUGCUUUUGUAUCUGGUCUGGAGUCUAAAAUGGAGGAAAGACAUCAUACCAAAUGGUUAGUGAAGAAAAAAGCAAUCUUGACAAAAACAGAAAAUAUGAACCCAAGAGCAGCGAUGGGACCUGUAGUCUCAAAACGGAAAGCAAUGCCUGCUACAACAACACGGUUUAUUAAUAGGAUUUGGGGAGAGUUUUACUCAAAUUACUCAAACGAAGAGAUAAAAGAAGGUGAUGCUCUUGAUGUGAAGAAAGAUGAAGAGGAAGAUGAAGCAGAAGAAAAUGAGCAGGAAGAUUGUGAAGAACCUGAAGAAGAAAACACUCCUCCUGUAGUGGAACCUGAGAAACCUUCUUCUGCAUCAAAGGAAAAGAAACCACGAGGCUCAAAAACUGACAUCAGUUGGGUUGGGAAACCGGUUGGAAAGAUGUCUGAUGGGAAUGCUCUUUACAAAGAGGCUGUUGUUCGGGGAGAGGUGGUUGCUUUAGGUGGUUCAGUAAUGGUUGAAGAUUCUAUCUAUUAUGUAGAAUACUUGUUUGAAGACUCUGAUUCCAAAAAAUUUGCUCAUGGACGAUUGAUGUUAAGAGGUUGUGAAACUGUUCUUGGGAAUAUAGCAAAUGAAAGGGAAGUGUUUUUAACUAAUGAUUGCAUGGAUCUUGAACUUGAUGAUGUUCUACAAACUGUGGUGGUGCAAAUUAGAACACUGCCAUGGGGUCAUGAGCAUCGAAAGGCUAAUGCUAGCUUUGAUAAGAUGGAUAGCGCAAAGGCUGAAGACGGGAAAAAUAAAGGUUUGCCUGUGGAGUUUUACUGUAAGAGCUUAUAUUGGCCUGAAAGAGGUGCUUUCUUUUCUCUUGAAACUGAUAAGAUGGGACAGGGAAAUGGGACUUGUCAUUCUUGUAAAAUGAUGGACGAUGAAAAUAGAAAAGAGGUUUUUGAAGUGAACGAAUUAAAGACAGGGUUUACGUACAAGUCAAUUGAGUACCAUAUUAAUGAUUUUCUGUAUGUUGGUCCUCAUCAUUUUGACUCAGAUGAGAGGUGUAAUGGAACUUAUAAGAGUGGGAGGAAUGUAGGCCUUAAAGCGUAUGUCGUUUGCCAGCUGAUGCAGAUUGAAUUCCCUGUAAACUCAAAACGUGUCGAUCCGGGAUCUGUAAUGGUCCAAGUUAGAAGAUUUUAUAGACCAGAGGAUUUGUCUGAGGACAAAGCCUACAGGUCCGACAUUCAAGAGGUAUUUUACAGUGAAGAAGUGCAUAAGUUGUCAGUAGCAGCAUUAGAAGGAAAGUGUGAAGUUAAAAGGAAGAAAGACCUUUCUUUGCCGACCGGCACUUAUAUUGUAGAUCAUGCCUUCUUCUGUGAACGUCUCUAUGAUCCAGAUAAGGGAUCUCUCAAGCAGCUGCCUGUUCAUAUUAAGCUUAGUCCCCCAAAGGAAAAAUUGAUUAAUGAUGCAGCAAUUAGAAAGAAUAAAGGGAAGUCUAAAGAAGGAGAAGAUGAUAUGGAUAUGAUUGACAACCAAGAAACUUCUGCUUCAAAGAUUUAUUUAGCCACAUUAGAUAUUUUUGCUGGUUGCGGUGGUUUAUCUGAGGGCUUACAAAAAGCUGGGGCAUCAGUAACCAAAUGGGCAAUUGAAUAUGAAGAACCUGCCGGGGAUGCUUUUAGACUUAAUCAUCCUGAGGCAUUGACAUUUGUUCAGAAUUGCAAUGUCACACUAAGGGCUAUCAUGACAGCAUGUGGGGACGCUGAUGACUGUAUUUCAACUUCUGAGGCAGAAGAAAUGGCUGCAAAGCUCGAGGAUGAAGUGCUUAAAAAUCUUCCUCGACCUGGACAAGUUGAGUUCAUCAAUGGUGGCCCUCCAUGCCAGGGUUUUUCGGGUAUGAAUAGGUUCAAUACAAGCACUUGGAGCAAGGUUCAAUGCGAAAUGAUAUUGGCAUUUUUAUCUUUUGCCGAGUACUUCCGUCCCAAAUAUUUUCUGCUUGAAAAUGUUAGGAACUUUGUAUCCUUCAACAAAGGGCAGACAUUUCGUUUAGCUCUUGCUUCGCUGCUUGCAAUGGGUUAUCAGGUGAGGUUUGGAAUACUGGAGGCUGGAGCUUUUGGUGUGUCCCAAUCACGCAAACGGGCUUUCAUCUGGGCAGCCUCUCCUGACGAAGUACUUCCCGAGUGGCCUGAGCCAAUGCAUGUUUUUGCCAGUCCAGAACUUAAAGUCACGCUGAAUGGUAACAAACAAUUUGCUGCUGUCAGAAGUACUGCAACUGGUGCACCAUUCCGUGCAAUAACUGUUAGAGACACCAUUGGUGACCUCCCUCCUGUUAAAAAUGGGGCUUCUGCCACAAGCAUGGAGUACCAAAAUGAGCCUAUCUCGUGGUUUCAAAAGAGAAUCCGGGGAGAUGCACCUUGUCUAAUGGAUCAUAUAUCAAAGGAGAUGAAUGAGUUGAAUGUGAUAAGGUGUCAAAGAAUUCCCAAACGCCCUGGUGCUGACUGGCGAGACCUUCCUGAAGAAAAGGUUAAACUGUCAACUGGGCAAAUGGUGGAUCUUAUACCCUGGUGUUUACCAAACACAGCCAAAAGGCAUAACCAAUGGAAGGGUCUGUUUGGAAGGCUUGACUGGGAGGGGAACUUUCCAACUUCUAUUACUGACCCACAGCCGAUGGGUAAAGUUGGGAUGUGCUUUCAUCCUGACCAAGAUCGCAUUCUAACCGUCCGUGAAUGUGCUCGAUCACAGGGUUUCCCUGAUGGCUAUAAGUUCUCUGGCAACAUCCAACAUAAACACAAGCAGAUUGGAAAUGCAGUCCCUCCUCCAUUGGCGUAUGCGUUGGGGAGGAAACUGAAAGAAGCAAUAGAAGCAAAACAUAGACAGUCGGUCGAGUGAAGUGUUAUUGAGCCUUGUCUAUUAGGAUCCCAUUUGGGUCUUUGUGUUGGUGUUUAGCUAUCAAAACCAUGAGUCAGAACAUGUCCAUGGUUGAAUGUAUAUAUAUUAAACUGAGUUAGUUUUUUUUUUUUUUUUAAAUUGAAUUUCAUGGAUAGUAAACAAUUGGAGAAAUUAAAACUGGUAAAAAUGUUGAUUUUAAUCCAGCAUCUUUAGCUA